AAGCGAUUCAGAACAAGAUCGUCCAUUUUGGCACUCUCUUACCCAACCUAGGCUAGUACCAAUUUUUAAGUCAUCACUGCAGUUUUGGUCUGAUGCGCCAAAACGCGCCUCACUUAUCAUUGGUUGACGGGGACAAGCGCGUGCGAAAAAUUCAGCAGUCAUUUGCGAGGGAAGAAGACAGAAGCGUGGACUAAUGUGAACAGUAAUCUGGAUUGUGUUACCAAAGUGCUGCAGCGAUGUCGGGUAGAGCUAGAGGCAGAGCACGAGGAAGGGCUCGGGGUGGUACGGACCAACAACAGGCACGUAGGCCAGGGGAAGAGGCUCAAAGGACAGAGGUGUACAGCCGGGAAGCUGCAGCAGCUCCACCCCCACCAGCUGGGGCUGGGGCGGGACCCCCUCCUGCCAGUGGACGGGCUUCCUACAGAGGUGGGGCAAAGGAGCCCCGGCCUGGGAUGGCGGGAGAAGUACCUCGGCCACCCAUCGAGGAGAUAGCAUCUUUGUCCAUAGGCACUGGAGAUGCUAGCGAGGUGGGAAGGAAGCGAUCUGACUUCCGUUACACUGAUCUGAACACAAGGCCAGCACACAUAGCAGAUAAGAAGGGAACCUCGGGCCGCCCCAUGCCUGUUUUGGCAAAUUUCUUCCGCCUGGAGACUGCGCCGGAUUGGAUGUUGUAUCAGUAUCAUGUGGACUUCAAUCCAACCAUUGACUCCAGGAGGUUGAAGAAUGCAUUGUUAAUGUCACAUAUUGAAAGUCUCCUUGGAAAUACUCGGGCUUUUGAUGGCAUGAUUUUGUACUUGCCCAGGAAACUACCACAACAGACAACUGAAGUUUACUCCACCAGGAAUUAUGACAGUGCACAGAUCCGUAUUACAAUCACGCUUACGAAUGAGCUGCCGCCGACAUCCCCACAGUUUAUUCAAGUUGCUAACAUUCUCUUUCGCAAGUACCUCUCCAUGAUCAAUAUGAAACAAAUCGGAAGGCAUUACUUCAACCCAACAUUGUCUAUAGACAUUCCCAGGCACAAAUUGCAGGUGAUGCCAGGCUUCACGACGUCCAUCCUGCAGUAUGAGACUUCCGUUCUGCUGGGAGCAGAUAUUGCCCACAAGAUACUGAGGUCGGACACCGUGCUUGACAUCAUGUAUGCCAUCUAUGAACAGGACAACAGGAACUUCUAUGACAAAGUCUUCAAGAAGUUUGUUGGUUCCAUUGUGCUUACAAGGUACAACAACAAAACUUACAGAGUGGAUGAUAUCGAUUGGGACAAGAAUCCUCUGGACACCUUCAAGAUGAGCGAUGGCUCCCAAAUCACAUACAAGGAGUAUUACAAGAAGUCUUAUGAGAUCACAGUCACAGAUGACAAACAGCCACUGCUGGUCUCCAAACCAAAGAAAAGUGACAUCCGACGAGGCCAGACAGAACCAAUCUACCUUCUGCCUGAACUGUGUACACUGACUGGCCUAUCUGAAGAAGUUCGGGCAGACUUUAACGUGAUGAAGGACGUGGCAACCCACACACGCAUUGGGCCAGAGGGCAGGAGUAAACAGUUGACAGCAUUCAUCAACCAGCUGAAUGCUGAACCAAAAAUAGCAGAAGAUAUGCGUGGAUGGAAACUGCGCUUCCAGCCACAGUUGCUGCCGAUACAAGCUAGGGUUGUUCCUCAAGAGAAAAUUCGACAAGGCAGGGAUGCUGAGGUUCACUACAAGCAAGAGGAUGCUGAUUGGUCAAGGGAUAUGCGAGGCAAGCAUUUGCUCGUACCGGUCAGCCUGGAAAACUGGGUAGUCCUGUCCACUCAGAGAGACUCUCCAUUGGCACAAGACCUGGUGCAGACUCUGGGCAGGGUUGGGCCACCCAUGGGCAUGAACUUCAGCAAACCUCUCAUGUGUCAGCUUCAGAAUGACCGCAAUGAGACCUACCUUCAGUAUUUGCGACAGAAUAUCACUGAGCACACACAGAUGGUGAUAUGUCUCUGCCCCAACAACAAGAAAGACAGAUACGAUGCCAUCAAGAAGUUUUGUUGUGUCGAACACCCAGUACCAAGCCAGGUAGUAGUUGCACGGACUGUGAGCAAGAAGCAGAUGCUGAUGUCUGUGGCGACCAAGAUCGCCAUUCAGCUGAACUGCAAACUUGGAGGUGAAGUUUGGGCAGUGGAAAUCCCGCUGAAAGAUUUGAUGGUCGUUGGGAUCGACUGCUACCACGACUCUGCGAAGAAGGGUCGCUCUGUGGGUGGAGUGAUUGCCAGUCUUAACCCGCUUCUCACCCGCUACUACUCACGCUGUACCUUCCAACACAAUAUGCAGGAGUUGAUGGACGGCCUAAAGAUCUGUAUGAAUGGGGCUUUAAAAAAGUUCCAUGAAGUAAACAACACACUGCCUGAGAAGAUCAUCGUGUACCGAGAUGGCGUGGGAGACGGACAGCUGCCGGCUGUGUAUGAGCACGAAGUGCCACAGAUGAUCCAGGCCAUCAAGAAGAGUGGAGGCGCUGAAUAUGAGCCCAAGAUUGCUGUUGUGAUUGUCAAGAAGCGCAUCAAUGCAAGGUUCUUUGCCAGGAAUGGCCCUAAUACGGGAAACCCAAUGCCAGGAACAGUCAUCGACAGUGAAGUCACCAAGCCUGAAUGGUACGACUUCUUUUUGAUCAGCCAGUCUGUACGGCAGGGAACAGUCUCACCAACCCACUACAACAUCAUCUGGGACAAGACCGGAUUGAAACCAGAUCACAUGCAGAGACUGGCAUAUAAACUAACACAUUUGUACUACAACUGGCCGGGAACAAUCCGAGUGCCGGCUCCAUGUCAGUAUGCCCAUAAGCUGGCUUUCCUUGUUGGUCAGUCUCUUCAUAAGGAUCCAUCUCCAUCGCUGUCAGACAAGCUGUUCUUCCUCUAAGGAUCAGGAACAAAAUGACUUAUGAGACAAUAUGAGAAAAGAGUGCCAAGGACUGUGCAAGGUUUCCAAAGGAUACGUGUUCAAAACAUGGUAAUAGAAGUGAAAGGCCUGUGAAGUUUCAGGGCACUGACAGCUGAUAAGAUGUUUAUCAGCUUACUUCUUUUCCUUUUUUUUCAUGAAUGAAAGAUUUGUGAAUGUUGAAUAAAUUGGUUUGAAAGAACAGGGAAUGAAAGUUUUGUUGUUCAAGUGCAUUUUUCAUUAUCAUAAUAUAUACGUAUUUCAAAGAUAUGUAUACAUUGACAUGAAAGGCCAGUGAGUUUCACAGGACGGUUAGCUGAAAGUUUUUAUCAACAUCGUUUUUGUUCAUGUAUUAUUGAAAGACUUGUGUGAAUGUUGCAUUCACUGGUUUGAAAUAACGGGCAGUGCAAGUUUUUGUUAGGGACGUGCAUGUUUCAUUUAUACAAAGCAUAUGUUAAGUUGCUCUUUGUAACAGAAUAACUAUUUACCUUGGUCAUAUCAUAUCAUGGCAUGAUUGUGAGCCUGGUUUUUGUUUAAGAAGUGUAAAGGAAAAUACAUAAUGGUUUAGUUAACAUUUGUAUGGUCGUAAAUCUGAUUAUUAUUUUGACAACAGUUUCAUCAUUAAUUAAAUUUUAGAACAUGUUUUAGAUUGCUCUGUUGGUAACAUAGUUACUCAAUAUUUUGUAACAUAGUUUCUCAAUAUUUUGUUUAAGUUAAAUGUUGAGUAUUUUACUCUGUAUUUUCUUUUACAUACUCAUUGCAUUGUUUGAAUGAUGUGAGUGUAAAAAUAAUUAUUUUUAUGUACUUUGUAAAUAAAAUUAAAAACUUGCUAA